AUGGCUGCACCAUCACCUUCCGGACGAAACAUUGUCGCCUCGCAGGCCAGAUCCGCCACGAACAGCGAACUUCUGUCCGCACGCGACGCGAGCACUACAAAGCAGUCAAGAAAUACAAAACACCUUCGCCUACCUGAAUGUCGAAGUCCUGGCCACUUUGCACUUCUGACGCCAGUGGCUGCGACUGCUCUCUCUUGGCGCUUCGACGGCCAUGGCUGUCUGGUGCAGGCCGAGAAGACUAGCUUGCCCGGCACUCCCUACCCCUGGGAGACCUCGCAUGUUCCCAGUUCGCCCGGUACUGGAUUCGCAAUGCCUCUACUACCGGAUCUCGACAGCGAUGAAAUCAAAGAAUCCCUGCCUGACGAGGAGAACGUCCGCAGACUGCCGAUUUCCAAGGCGGACAUCUCCAGCCCAACGCUACUUUCGUCAAGCUUCAGCAGAUCUUUGGUGGAUCUCCCAUCCGGAGCAUCGCUCAAGAAUGGAAUGGAACCCUAUCAGUCACUGGGAUGUCGGCAGACUGCAGAGGGUACCUUUCAGAGAUCGCCCGCUUUCAAACGACAAGAAAGCUGGCCAUUGUCAAGCAAUCGUGUCAACACACCUCCUUCGCAAGGCCUCGCACACAACUUGCAGGAGAAGUCUCGCUUUGUCGGGCUCGGCAAACUCUUCAAAUGGGCUCCUAAGUCUACCGUGCCAGAAAUGCAGCGCACUGAUCAUGGUACGCUUGCUCCGGAUAAUACAGACACCUCGAUGCUUGGGCAAACUAAAUACACUUUGAAGAACUCGGACACGUCUUCCAGUGAUGGGAGGUCGGUACUUCAUCUUUGGAAAGGAGUCCGGUGCCGUCGUAGAGUACGAAAGCCCAAAACGUACAUCGAUGACAUCCGGGAGCGCCGCCAUUCCCCUGUGCCGGCUUGA